UCCAUUAUUUUGUUGUUUUUGGCGUCCAAAAAACCUAAUUUUUUAUGGUAAAGUACAAGGAGUGUACAACAAACCUAGUGUGCUACGCAAAAUAUUUUUGUCUCGCGCAUCCUGUAUAUAACAUACAUAACCCUACAUUUUUUGUGAUUUAGACCAACUGUCCACAAAACAGCAGAAUUGUUUUAAUUUAAUUGUGUUAAUGUCCUAAACCAGAACCAAAGGCGAAAAAUCAGCACACGGGGGUUACAGUAUCUGGAAGGAUGAUAUAAAAUGGGAGAAAUAGAAGAACCACUGUUGAGUACAUCAAAGUUGGAGUGUCUCGAACAAGAAGAUGAUGUGAAUGAACCUGAAGUAGCAGAAGACAACAGAAAGCCACUAAACAUGUCACCCGGUGCAGUUCAGCUACGCAAGUGGUUGAAUAAAACGUUAAAGAUUGAAAUGUCAGAUGGACGAGUUCUGAUUGGUGUAUUUCUGUGUACAGAUCGAGAUGCAAACAUCAUUUUAGGCUCGUGUUCGGAAUAUUUACCGGAAGACACCAUAUUGGAACGGUGGAGUUCUGAUGUAAGCAACGGUGAUGAGGCUAGAAUGUUAGGUCUAGUCAUGGUUCCUGGGAAACACAUUGUGAAUAUAUGUAUGGAUGAAAUUGAUCAAAGCAGUAUGGAGAGGCCCUUAAGUAGCGACCUGGACACUGAGGGAAUCAUGUAAACAAGUGUAUAUAAAUUUAAUAUUUAAAAUAAAGUUACAUAGCAGAUA